AUGCAGUUUCUGAUGUGGGUUCUCAACCUUUGUCUCAUUUUGUCCUUGCAUUUGCCCACAAUUUGUGGCCAAACUCAAGAAAAAAGUGAACUUGAUGAGGCAGCACCAGCAGCUUGUUCUGAGGUUGAUAGAGCUGCAUUGCUUGGGUUCAAGGCCAGUGUGUUGAAGGAUUCCACUGAUAUCUUGUCAUCUUGGACAGGCAAAGAUUGCUGUGGAGGAAACUGGGAAGGUGUUGAUUGUGACCCUUUGACAGGAAGAGUGAACAGUCUGAUUUUGCAGAGGCCAGCUGAUGGUAAACAAUUGAGCGUGUUCAUGAAGGGAAUCUUGUCACCUUCACUUGGUAAUUUGCAUUUCCUCCAAGUUAUGGUUAUCAGUGGGUUGAAAAGGAUUGGAGGCCCAAUUCCUGAGAGUUUCUCUAAUUUGAGUAGACUCACUCAGCUGGUUCUUGAAGACAAUUUCUUACAAGGUGAGAUUCCUUCCAGUUUGGGAAACUUGCCUAUGUUGCAGAUAUUGUCACUCAGUGGGAACUAUUUCUCAGGCCAGAUUCCUCCUAGUUUGGGGAACUUAAGGAAUCUUCAGCAGUUGAGUUUGGCUAGGAAUUCACUGACAGGUCAAAUCCCUACCACUUUUAAAAACCUUGUCAAUCUUCAGUCUUUUGAUGUCAGCUUCAAUGCAUUGUCAGGGACAAUCCCAGAUUUUAUUGGCAAGCUUCAGAAUCUAACUUUCCUGACCCUUACCAGCAACCAAUUUUCAGGACAGAUUCCUGUUUCUUUGGGAGGUUUGGUUAAGCUAUCAGAGUUGUCACUUGGUCAUAAUCAUCUUGUGGGUCAAAUCCCACUUCAACUUGGGAAUCUCAAAUCCCUCUCAAUUCUUUCAUUAGAUUCCAACCAGUUAACCGGUCAAAUCCCGGAAUCCAUUUCUCAGUUACAAAAUUUGUGGAACCUUAACCUUUCUCGAAAUGUGUUUGCGGAUCCCCUGCCUAAAACAUUCUCCAGGGGCCUUCCUUCUUUGUUGUCUAUAGACCUUUCUUACAACAACUUCAGCUUAGGGACUAUUCCUGAGUGGAUUAUAAACAGAGAAUUAUCUAGUGUUUAUUUGGCCGGGUGCGAGCUUAGAGGAAAACUCCCCAAUUUCACGAGGCCUGAUUCAUUGAGUUCCAUUGACUUGUCAGAUAACUACUUCACUGAUGGUCUUGCAGACUUCUUUGCAAAGAUGAGUAGCUUGGAACUGGCAAAGAUCUCAAACAACCAACUGAACACUGAUGUCGCCGCCAUCAAAUUUCCGGAUGGACUUUCCACUAUUGAUCUCCAUGCCAACCAGUUAUAUGGUUCACUAUCCAGUAUUCUGAACAACAAGACAAGCAAAUUCUUGGAAGUUAUUGACAUCUCAAACAAUCAAAUUUCGGGUAGUAUUCCCGAAUUUGGCACCGGUUUCCUUAACCUCAAAGUGCUCAAUAUAGCAAGCAACAAGAUUGGUGGUCAGAUACCUAGUUCGAUCUCAAAUCUGGCUAAGCUGGAAAGGUUAGACAUUUCAAGGAACCAAAUCGGGGGCACAAUUCCAACAAUGACUUAUGCACAUAAUCUCUGUUUAUGUGGGAAACCCUUGCCUCCAUGUAAGGGGAAGAAUCAGAGGAAAUUGAUGAGCCAGUAA